UGUGAGCAGGACGUGUAUUGUUUAUAAAAAUAAAUCGCAUUUUUACGAAAUUAAUAAAAUUAAUUGCGGCAAAUAAAUAUGUCGGUUGAAUUAGAAUUCGAUUACGAUAAAGCUACGGCUUCUAUGGACAUUUUUUCUCAAGCAGAUAUCGAUCUUUUGAAGGAAUGGACGCAAAACUUGGAUAAAAGUAAAUACAUACCGAAAGAUUUAAGUAAUAAACAAUUGUUAUUAUUUUACAAUGCCUGCUACGGAGAUAUCGAGAAAACUAAAACGUGUAUGGAAAAAUAUUACAACUAUAGGAAGAAUGCGCCAGAACUAUUCGACAACAGAGUUCUCGAUUCGGAGGAGCUGCGGCUAGCAUCACAAGUUCUGGAGUUCUCGUUCCUGCCGGAGAAGUCGUGCGAGGGGUACGACAUCAUCUACCACCGGCUACACGACACCGAGCCGUCCAAGUACCAUCUGGAGCCCGGUGUGAAGAUGCUCUUUAUGACUGUCGACGCGUGCCUCAGCAAGCGCGGGCCGCAGGCGGGCUACAUAUUCCUGUUCGACAUGAGGGGAGUCAAACUCGGACAUCUCACUCGAGUCAGCUUAUUCUUCCAAAAGGAGAAACAAAGGACGCUCCGCAAGUUCUUCCUGUACAUCCAGGAGGCGAUGCCAGUGCGCAUGCGCGCGAUCCACGUCCUCAACACCGAACCCAUCCUCGACAAGCUCAUGAUCCUCAUCAGGCCAUUCAUGGAGAAGAAGUUCUUCGAUAUGCUAAAAUUUCACAACAAGGACGAGAAUCUCGAGAAGUUCUACGAAACUGUCAUCCCGCGGUCCGCGCUGCCGUCGGACCACGGGGGCAGCCUGCCCGACACGCAGACCCUGCACCGCGCCUGCAUCACGCAACUGCGGGCACUGGAGCCCUACUGGAAGGCCGAGGAGCGCCAGCGGCUUGACGCGCUGCCGGAGAAGAAGAGAGACCGCGCCAUACAGCGGGCCUUUAAGAACCUCGAGAUAGACUAGUGUUGGACGUGUUAUUGAAUGUGGCAUGUCAUGCGUGCACGUCAUUUGAUAGCCGACAAGUCAUUUGAUAUGCAGUCUAGUCAUUUGAUAUGCAGCUACGUCAUUUGACAUGCAGGCUAUAGUCAUUUGACACACAGGCAUGUCAUUUGAUAAGCAGACAAGUAAUUUGACACGCAGGCAAGUCAUCUGACAUGCAUGCUUGUCAAAUUACAUUCGUGUAUGUCAUCCGACAUACAGACAUGUCGUACGACGUUCGUGCACGUCAUACGACAGGCAUGAAAGUCAUCUGACAUGUAGAUUAUAGGCAUAUCAAGCAACAUGUAGGCUAGUCAUCUGACGUGCAUGCAAUGUCAUCCGUCAACUCGUCAUACGCAGGCACGUAAAUUUACAACAUGACGGCGUUAUUUCUGAUUUUUGCCUCGAUUAAAACAGCUUUGUAGUUUCUGCAAAGCUUGUGGUAAGGUAGGGCUCGUGAUUUUAUAGUUAUUUUGUUGAUUAUCUAGGUAAAAUAUCGUGGGUCAGUUCACUCCGUGCAUAAUGCUGCUGCAUUUGAAAUCACUCGCAAUUAAAUGUCUUCUUUUGUAGUAAAUAAAGUUCAAUAUUAAAAAGACUAAUACCAUACUGCGUUUCGGUGUACCUGACCUUAAGGCUGGAGUUAUGUGCAUCCGCCUGAACGCGCGGUUUGGCGAUUACACCGCGAGAUUACAAUCAAUGUAUGUAACGAUUUAUUUAAACAGCGGCGUGGUCGCUCUGUCAUUUACAUACGUUUGCUUCCGAUCUCGCGGUGGAACCGCCAGACCGUGCGGGCGCAUAUAAAACCAGCCUGAAAAUAUUUAUAUUAAGAUUUAGAUAUGGAUUAAUUAAUAGUACAUAACAUGACGCUAAAUGUAGGCGACUUAAUGGUAGUUAAUAUACUUAUUAGUUAUUAGGUAAAAAUUGAAUGUCUUACGACCAACUACCAUCUUUUUAGUGGUUCUACUAUGGUCUACUAUGGUCCAAACCAUGAAACGAAUCGUAAAACAUAUUUUUCCUAUUAAAAUCUGUGAGAUUUGGAACUAUGGACUGUGCUACCACUACCACAAAAUCAUAAAAAAGAAAACAUAUUAUGAAAACUAAAUAAUGAUAAAGCUUUUUGUUACUCUAUUGUGUACUUAAUUAAUUACAUAUGCUAUAUUAUAUAUCAGAAAACAUGUUGUUAUAAAAUUUAUAUCAUAAAUUUAUUUCUUGUUAGUAUAUUUGUGAUAUUGCUUAGCUUUAUGACACAAACAUUUAUAUUAUUUAUUUAAAGUACAUAGAUUAAAUGGAAAGUUAUAGCUAUAAAAUUUUGCUAUACUGACUUCUUUUAUAAAUAAGCAAAUCAAAAUUGGUGGGGUUAGGUUGCAAUAUUAAACAAAAUAUCUUCCUUAUUAUUUACAUAGCGAAUAACUAUACCUGAGGCCGUAGCCAAAGUCCCUUUCGUUAAAAACGAUGACAAAAUUCG